UCUUUUCCGUAUAAAUCAAGACACGUGAAUGUUUUUUCGUAGUGCAUCAGAAAUUUAAAUCAUAUAUUUAAAUAUGUGUCAACUAUCGUUGAUCGUUUUUGUUUUAAUAACAGUGUGUGCUAAAUAUAGCAAUGAAUUUGAGGAACUGAAAACAGGAGGUUUAUUUAGUGACACGACAGACGAAAUCGCCUAUAGAGUAACAUCUACUCUUAUGAAUGAGAAAUAUGAAAGUUAUGAUUAUACAAUCACUCCUGUUUCGUACAACGUUUCAUAUUAUAGUGCUUUUGAGGCUUAUCAAGGCGCAUGUGCAAUGUUGCAAAUGGGCAUAGUUGGCCUCUUCGGCCCCAGUUCCUCAUAUUCUUCAUCAUAUAUCCAAUCGAUUUGCGAUAGAAAGGAAAUACCUCACAUUGAAACUCAUCCAGAUGUAACUCAAGAAAGGGGUCUGUGCUCUGUAAAUUUGCAUCCACAUCCAACCGUACUUGCCACUGUUUAUGUUGACUUGGUAAAAGCUUACGGUUGGCAUAGGAUGAUAGUUUUUUAUGAAGGCAUCGAUGGACUCUCGCGGAUUAGCAAUUUAUUGGAAUUGAAUGUACCACAUAAACGAUCUGUGAUAAUAAGACAGCUUAUACCUGACAUGAAUGGAAGUUACAGAAUGAUGUUGAUGGCUGCUAAACGAACUGGUGAAACUAAUUAUAUUAUAGACUGUUCCGUAGAUGUUUUAGAAGAUGUUUUAAACCAAGCUCAACAAGUGGGGAUGAUGACAGAUAAUUACAAUUAUAUUAUUGCCAAUGUUGAUAUGCACACAAUUGAUUUGUCUCCAUUUCAAUACGCCGGAACAAAUAUUACUGGUUUGAGAAUAGUUAAUCCAGAGCUGAGCAAAACCAUAUCUAUAGCAGAAAAAAUUCAACAAGUAAAGCAUAGGGACUCACAGUCUUUCGAAGACUUUGGUGUCAUUGCUGCUUGGAAAUUGAGGCUAAAGACGGCGUUAAUAAUUGAUGCUGUUACACUUUUUUAUGAAAUCGUUCAUGAACUACUUAGUUCAAAGGUUGUUAUGUUGAGCACACAGCCCGUUUAUUGUAAUAAUUCAGAUAAUUGGCAUAAUGGUUAUACAAUUAUUAAUUAUAUGAAACGGAGAGAUUUUGAGGGGCUAACGGGACUGAUUAAAUUUGACUAUGAAGGUUUCCGCCGUGAUUUCAAAUUGGACAUUAUGGAAUUAACUACUGGAGGAUUAAUUAAGAUUGGCGAAUGGAAUUCCACUACGCGAAAUAUUCAAACGCAGCGAAAAGUAAAAACUGAAGUGCCAUUAAAUGAGAACAAUUUAUUUAAUACAACUUUUAUUGUCAUUACUUGUCUGACUGCCCCAUACGCCAUGUUAAAAGAAACAACGACACAACUAAUAGGGAAUGAUAGAUUUGAAGGUUACGGUAUUGAUGUUAUACAAGAACUAUCUCAAAUAUUAGGCUUCAAUUAUACCAUUGUCAUUCAAGAAGAUGGUGCAUAUGGCAACUACAACAGAACCACCAAUGAAUGGAAUGGAAUGUUAAAGGAAAUUAUUGAAGAUAGAGCUCACUUUGGAAUAGUGGAUUUAACCAUCACAUCUGAAAGAGAAAAUGCUGUUGAUUUUACAAUGCCUUUCAUGAACUUAGGAAUUUGUAUAUUGUAUAGGAAACCCGAACCUGUGCCUCCAAGUUUAUUUAUGUUUGCAUCUCCAUUUUCAAUAUCAGUUUGGGCACUAUUAGGUGUCUCGUAUUUCUUGGUAUCAUUCGCAUUUUUUGUUAUGGGUAGAUUAUCACCAGCUGAGUGGACUAAUCCUUUUCCUUGUGUGGAAGAACCUGAAUAUUUGAUUAAUCAAUUUAGCAUAAGAAAUUGUUUAUGGUUUACUGUUGGUGCUCUUAUGCAACAAGGUUCUGAAUUGGAACCAAAGAGUAUUUCUACAAGAACCGCUUCAGGAAUAUGGUGGUUUUUUACUUUAAUCAUGGUAUCCUCAUACACUGCUAAUUUAGCUGCCUUCUUGACCGUAGAAACUUUAGUGACAUCAUUUAAGAACAUUGACGAAUUAGCCAAACAAACCGAAAUAAAAUAUGGAGCAAAGAAGGACGGAGCCACGGCGAACUUUUUUAGAGAUUCCAACAUUAGCACACAUCAAAAAAUAUGGUCAUACAUGGCCACACAUCCAGAAGUAAUGACUCUAACAAACGACGAAGGGGUAGCUAGAGUCGAAAAUGAAAAUUACGCUUUUCUUAUGGAAUCCACCAGUAUUGAAUAUGAGACUGAAAGACACUGUUCUUUGGGAAAAGUUGGAAAUUUGUUGGACAACAAAGGAUAUGGAAUAGCAAUGAAAAAAUAUUCUCCUUAUAGAAAUGAAAUGAGUCAAGCAGUUUUGAAACUGCAAGAGGCUGGUAUAUUAACAUCUCUCAAAAUAAAAUGGUGGAAAGAAAAACGUGGCGGAGGAAAAUGUGCUACUAAGAGCGAGGGUGGAGACGCAACGCCACUGGAUUUAAAAAAUGUUGGUGGUGUCUUUAUGGUACUAUUUGUAGGAUCUAUUCUCGGUUUAAUAGGAUCUUUCUUAGAAAUGGCGUUUCAUGUUUGGAGGGAUUCCAAAGCAAGAAACAUCCCGUUCAAAGAUGAACUUAUUAAAAAUCUUAAGUUCGUUCUAGAAUUUCGCCAAAAUAUUAAAGAAGUCAAUUACGAGAAUAACAAUUUAGAUACGGAAGAGAACUGUUUGGAUGAUUUAAAAAAAUAA